AUCUUCAUUUCUACUCUUAGGAUGAACAGGCAUCUGCCAAAUUUUUGAGAAGACUCAAUAGAAGAAGGCUCAUAUAAAUAAAUGUAUGUUAAAAUGACAUUGUAGUGCUUGAAUCCUUCUCUGGUUUCCCAUGUGACUAAAGCAAGAUCUUUCUGUAAGUUUUCCCUUUCACUGGAGCCAAAUUACAAGCUCUAGAACUCAUGGGCAGUUAUUCAAUUGGCAACAGUUAGAAAUGGAGAGAAUCAAAGAAGUAUCCAAAGAACCAGGACUUUGUGGACAGAAGAAACCUUGUAUAUGCUGAAAUGAAAAGUUCACUGAAACUAGAAGAUGAAUCACAGGAAAUAGCAGUUUGGGGUCUUUGAUCUUCAGCCUGAUAAGAAGAUGCUAUGGUUUAUUCAGUGGGAUCUGAAAGUGACCAGAGUCCCUACAUGAGCAGCUGGUUAUGGUCCUAGACCCCACAGUCAAUGAAAGCUUAUACACUAUACCCACAGAAAAAUGUUUGGAAUUUCUCACAUGAAAUGAGCAACUUUUUGUUUUACUAAAUACAUUAUACCAUGAUAACUUUGAUAGUCUUCAGAGUAAAAUUGAGAAACUGAAAUUGCUCAUGUUGAAUGACCAUCUUCUGGGCUAAGCAAGUAGUUCUGAAUCCAAAGUCAAGUUAUUUUCUGUGUAGAACCUUUCCCAGCCCACUGAACUCUUAAAAACUGGCUAACACCCUUUGGAUAUCACAAUGGAGACGUGAGCCUCCCCUGGACGAUGACCACAGUGUAUGUGAAUGGAGGCCUGGGGAACCCCCGCUAUGCCAGAUGGAAUCGCCGGGAGAGCUAUGAAGAGUAUGGCCAGACUGAGCAUUACCAGGGAGAUGCAGAAGGGCAGCAUCAUAAGCUGACCCCAUUUGAGAAACUCACGCGGGACAUGUCAAAGGAUGAGAAGAUGGUGAGAGAAAUCACACUUGGGAAAAGAAUCGGCUUCUACAGGGUCCGAGGAGAAAUUGGAAGUGGAAACUUCUCCCAGGUCAAGCUUGGAAUUCACUCCCUAACCAAAGAAAAGGUGGCUAUUAAGAUCUUGGACAAGACGAAGUUAGACCAGAAAACCCAAAAGUUACUGUCACGUGAGAUCUCCAGUAUGGAAAAACUUCACCAUCCCAACAUCAUCCGCCUGUAUGAAGUUGUAGAGACGCUCUCUAAGCUCCACCUGGUGAUGGAAUAUGCCGGAGGGGGAGAGCUCUAUGUGAAGAUCAGCACUGAGGGGAAGCUCUCAGAAAUGGAAAGCAAGCUCAUUUUCUCCCAGAUUGUGUCAGCGGUGAAGCACAUGCAUGAAAAUCAAAUUAUUCAUAGAGAUCUGAAGGCAGAAAAUGUAUUUUAUACAAGCAAUACCUGUGUGAAGGUGGGUGAUUUUGGAUUCAGCACAGUAAGCAAAAAAGGUGAAACCCUGAACACUUUCUGUGGGUCUCCUCCAUAUGCUGCCCCUGAGCUCUUUCGGAAUAAAAAUUAUGUGGGCAUUUAUGUGGAUAUCUGGGCCUUGGGGGUCCUGUUAUAUUUUAUGGUGACUGGCACGAUGCCAUUUCGAGCAGAGACAGUGGCCAAACUGAAGAAGUGUAUUCUCGAUGGGACAUACAGCAUACCCCAUUAUGUCUCUAAUCCCUGUCAGAGGCUGAUCCGUGGCGUUCUGCAGCCAAUACCUACAGAAAGGUAUGGCAUCGACUACAUCAUGGACAAUGAGUGGAUGCAAGGAGUAUUACACCCCACUCCCUUGGAACCUUUCCAAUUGGACCCCAAGUAUUUGUCAGAAAAAAGCAUACUUAAGGAAGAAGAGAACGAGGUCAAAAAUACCUUAGAAAAUCUGGGUAUUACUGAAGAGCAUAUCAGAAAUAACCAAGGGAGAGAUGCCCGCAGCUCAAUCACUGGGGUCUACCGUAUCAUUUUGCACAGAGUCCAAAAAAGAAGGGCUUUAGAGAAUGUCCCAAUAAUGAUGCUGCCAGACUCCAAGGAAGGAAACUCAAAGAAAGCAUCCCGUGUCUACCGGGGCAUACGACACACAUCCAAAUUUUGUUCUAUUUUAUAAAUUCAAUUAGACUGCCAAUAAAUUUAAACAGUUUUUGGAUUUGUUUUUAAAAUUUUCCACAAGCAAACUUGGAUUAUGACAAUUUUCUAAUUUUAAAUAAACUCAAAUGGUAAUUUUGCAAUCUAUUUUUCUUUCAAAUUGACAAAGCAAUAAACCCCACUUAGAUUUUCUGG